AUGGUCAGUCCUUAUGUCACAGCUCCGAUUCACGUCGUCACCGCUUUCCUGAGCGCCGGCGCGUGUGCAGGCCAACGCGCGCGCGUGCCGCGGUGCAUGCAGCGCGUCCGGCCGCGUGCGGUUGGUUGGUCGGGGGCGUCCGUCCCUUCCAUGACUGCGUCAAGAUCUCCGGGCCUGGCUCGGACUAGGGCAUAAACUGAUCUUCGAAGAACGCCUUUCAAUCUACAGGAUAUCUACACUACCUGCUUCAAUCUACCCCAGCAGGGGCUCCACCACCAAGCCCAAGCGCAGAUUCUGUCGCAUUCGCCGUCGGCCUCAUUCGAUACGGAUUUGAAUCACCAUACCGGGGGCCCCCAGGCUCGCGCGCAACUUCCGACCAGCUCCAACAACACCAGUGCUGCGUCACACCGUCGUACUGUCAGCUCCAUCGUGCAAAGAUCGCCGCUUCUCUCCGAGGAACGUCCCGGCGGGCCGCUCCCAACUAACUCGCAGCCCUCCCUGUCCAAAUCUUCGUCGUCGCACAACCCCCGCACGUCGCUCUCGUCGUCGUCCGAUGGCACCGCGGCCGAGUCGACGUCAAGCGAAGGUGGAGGCGGCCCAUCGAUGAGGAGGAGCUCGACAGCAGCUUCUUCGAUUCUGACAGAGACAACAGCGACGAACGGGCCUUUCGGCACGUCUUGCGGCGAUUCGAGCUCGGUCCGUCUCGUUCGAUCGGCCUCGUCCUCUUCGGCACUCUCGAUGACUCGAGCCAAUUCGACCGAUCUGAACGAAGCCAUGCAAAAGCUCUGCGUUGAUGCGAUGACCGCCAACCAGUGCCUCGUCUCCUUCACCCCAUUGGACGAUCCAUCUUGGCCAGCGCUUGCUGCGCUCGCAGAUCCGACGAAUGCAGCGAUCUGCAAGUACAACUUCCACGUCAGUGGUGAUUAUCAGCACGUCAUGAGCGCACGCGGCAACCUCUUGCGAGACAGUCCCUUCAAAGUGAGUCAUGACUGUCGAUGAAGCUGUACCCUCGCAGUUCUCUCGAGCUGACAGUCCCCUCGAUAUUUUCUCACCGCAGCGCAAGUCGAUCGUCAAGGUGCCGCGCUCCGAGGUUCUCGAUGGCAAGGAGAACGUCAAGACCGAAAUGCGACGCCGACUCGACGAGAUCGCCUCGGUCACCCGUGCCCACCUGGCUAUCGUUGGCCACGCGGCCAACAGCAUCGGCUUCGGCCUCGAAGCCGAGCGCAAUGUAGAGAUCGUCAUCACGGGCACUUUCGAGAGUGUCGAGCAUGCAAGGGUGAAGCUGCUUGUGCUUCUGGAUGAGCUGGUGAGUAUUGAGCCAACGCAUCUGCAGCUGUGAUCAGUUCAUUGAUCUCUUUUUCAAUAUGGACAAUGACCCAGGGCGGACUUCACCAUGAGAUGUGCGAGAUCGAUUACAAGCUACACAACAUCAUCGCCGGUCGUAGACGCUGCGUCAUCCAACAGAUCCAGGAGGAAACAGCGACCAACAUCUACUUCCCUACGUCGUUGUCGGGUGUCAUUGGUCAGAGGGUGCCGAGUCUCUUGGUGAAGCAGAACGUUGUCCACAUCACUGGAGAGUUCUUUGGCGUGCAACGAGCUCGCGACCUGCUGUUCCAAAUCUCCAUGCACAAGGUCUGUGGCUUCGGCGCCCGAUAUUCAUCGUGCGCAGUCGGCAUGCCCUAGGCUGACUCUUCAUGCGCCGCCGCUACGCACAGAGCAAGUGUGUCAUCUCGCGUGACACGGCCAUCCUGCCGCGCAAAGUCGACUGGAUGCUCUCGGCUCGACUGGACGACCUCAAGCAGAUCAUGCACGACAACGGCACCUUCAUCAACUUCCCUCCCAUUGGCAGUCAGGCGAGCAUGAUCUCGGUGUAUGGUGAUCACCGCGUUCACAUUGAGCGCACGAUCCGCGCGAUUAUGGGCCUGGUGAGUCAUUUCGGAGCUCUCGCAAUCUCUGCACAUCUGAGAGGCAAGUCGCUCACGAGACCCACUUGAACGUGUACAGGCUUGCGAAUUCUACGUCGCUUCGUUCUGGCUCCUUCCAAUCACCUUCGACGCCUUCAUGGCUCCUCCGGCCCUCAAUCCGGCACAGAUCCAGCCCUUCCUCCGUCACAUCGCCGUCGUUUCAGGCGCCGAAGUCGUCUUCAAGAGCAACUGCUUCGAGUUCCACGGUCUCGAAUCCGAGGUCCGAGCGGCCGUGCAGAUUGUCUUGGACUCGGACGUUGUGAAGGUGAGCUGCACGCAGAGAGAUGAUUCGGCGAUCUUAGCUGACUCCGCGGCUUUUUUGUGGUCCUCCAGCAGUUCCAUCAUGAGGUUCGCUUCCAGAUUGAGCUCGCGAACGAGCACCGCGAGUUCAUCUCGGGCAAGAAGAACGGCAAGUUGAACAAGAUCAUGAAGUCCGCCAACGUCAAGAUCAAGUUCGAGACGUUCAACGACUACAACUUCCUCAUUGAUAUCGCCGGUCAUGACGUUUCGGCCUUGCAUGGCCUGACGAUGCUGCAAGAAGAGCUGCCGGCCGAGAUCUCGUUCCAUGUUCCCGAAGCCUAUCACAAGCGCAUCAUCGGUGUCGGCGGUAAGAACAUCCAACGCAUCAUGAAAAAAUACGGUGUCUAUGUUAAAUUUUCCAACGCCGACGAAUUUGCGCUUCUGGGUGGCUACGCCGACAACGAGGACAACGUCAUCGCACGUACGCCGGCCAAGAACGCGCUCAACCUCGAGCACCUCAAGCAAGCCGUCAUGGAGUUGAUCCCUCCCAAGGAUAAGGAUUUCUGUUUGGAGACGGUGGCGAUCCCGCGGCGCUACCAUCGAACACUCCUCGGCGAGAAGAGCAUCUUCAUCCACGAUAUCGAGACCAAAACCAACUCAACGGUCCGUUUCCCGAACAAGGAGACGGCUAGCGAUGUCGUUUCGAUCUUUGGACCUGAGGCGCAAAUUCACAUCGCGGCCAAGAUGAUUCUUGACCAUGUGCCCUUCGAAGCGUGAGUCCAUUUGGUCGAGCCUAUGUGUCCAGCUUUGCCCUAACCUUUGACCUGCUUUGACUGGCGAAGCGAGUACCGAAUUCCCCACAGCGCCGAGAUGGCAGCCUUGACUCUUUCGCAAGACUUUGUCGGGUUGACGGAACACAUCAAGCGCAACUUCAACGUCGCGAUCAUGCCGUGGGUUGACCGCUCGGGUGCAAGUGACGAGACGAUCAUCCGUUUCUACCUCAAUCGCAGCAACAUCGAGGUCCUUCCUGCGGCUCGCGAUCUGGUCGAAGAGUACCUCGUCCAGCGCAAGAUCCAACUUUACCCCGGCUCGUUGCGGCCUCGCCCCGACGCUUUCAACGACUCGUUCUCGUUCUUUAACAGCAACCUCUUGGCCACCUCGAGGAGCGAUGCAGUGAGAGAUCUGAGCUCGACCGUCGAUCACAAAUUGCGCCUUGCGGCUUCGUCGCCCAACAUCAAGUCUAUCUUUGAAGCACCCAGUACCACGACGUAUGGCGCCCCUGGCCAGUCACCUCUUCGCAACGCGGCUUCGUUCGUAUACCGCUCUGCAGACCAAGACUACCCUGGAUUCUACCCUCCGACCUCGUCACUUCAGACCAACACGGAGUCUGCGUUCCCGACCAGCCAAUCGCAAGGUCAAGGCAUGCCACCCCCUCCUGGUUCGAACCCGUCCUCGUUCAGCAGUACGACAUCGCAUCGCGGCUGGGGUGCACUCUCUCGAACGUCGCCGUUCGCGUCAUCGAACUCGACCUUUGGAGGUCCGUCGUCAGCGUUCUCCGGCUCUGGAUUCCCCAAGUCUUCAGCGUCUCGCUUCGCGCAAACGGAGGGUGCAACCAGUUCAGCGGUCCCCGUCGCACGUCACCACCCCUCCCCUUCCGACGUCGCUCCCAAGAUUUCGCAUGGCUCUUCCGCGAGCGCUUCGGGCGGCUUUGGUGCCAUCGCCAGCGGUAGCGGCCAUGCGAGUGCUCGCUCGGGUUUGGGUCACCAGCGACCUCGCGGUCUCGCUCAGUCCUUCGAUCUUGGUCUUCAUGGUCCGCUUCGCAAAGAACGCGGAUUUCACCAGUCGCACGAGUUCGUCGAUGAAGUCGAAAGUGCCUUUUCGUCCCUCGACCUUUGA